AUGCCAUUGACUCCACAACAACAACAACAACCAGUGGCACAAGUAAGUCAGCUACAACAGCAACAGCAACCACAACCACCACCACAACAACAACCGACACAGCAGCAACACAUGCUCCCAUUCGCAACUGAUACCCAUGCCAUUUUAGCAACAAAUACUGUACAAAAGAAAAACAUUCAUCAAUAUAUACAUAGAGACAACCUUUAUCAAGGAAUGUUAAACUUACAACAUAAAAGACAUGUGGAAUUGUCGCAAGAGAAAAAGAAAGAAAUUGAAGUGGCUAGUUUGGAACGAAGAGCACGCGCACAACAGGGACCUACGGUUGUUUACGGACCAGGCUAUCGAGGCUAUGGAAAUGGUACAACUGGUAAUAUAACCAAAAUCAGAUACCCCAGAGAUAAAAGGCGACGCGAGGAAGUCUUAGUGCCCAUUCGUAUUGAGUUAGAGCAUGAACAUUACAAGUUACGUGAUACUUUUACGUGGAAUCUGAAUGAAUCCUCUAUUACACCUGAACAAUUCGCAGAAAUCAUCUGUGAGGACCUAAAAUUACCGGCCAACAUAUUCGCGGACCAAAUUGCUAAAUCCAUCAAAGAGCAAUUAGACGAUUUUAAUUUAAAUGCCUCCACUACUGAGGACAAUACUAAACAGCCACAGCAGCCUCAGCAACAAGAAUUGGAAUUGAGAACCGUUAUAAAAUUAGAUAUCACAGUAGGCAACUGGGAGCUUAUUGACCAGUUUGAAUGGGAUAUUGUUUGCCCUCGUAACUCGCCUGAAGAGUUCGCUAAUAAGCUUGUAGAAGAACUAGGCUUAGGUGGGGAAUUUAGGACGGCCAUCGCUCAUUCUAUAAGAGAACAGAUUCAUGUUUAUAUAAAAUCAUUGUUACUCGUUGGAUUCGAAUUCAACAGCUCAUGUCCUAUCGAUGACGAAUUGCGACAUACCUUCUUACCUUACCUACGACAUAUUAUUCGUAGAAAUAAUUUGAUUGAAAGGUUCACACCUUCGAUGAUUGAGUUAACCGAUGCUGCUAUUGACAGAAUGGAAAAAGAUAGAAUGAGAGAAGCAAGACGAAAGAGAAGAGGUAUUCCUAGAGCUAGAAGAGGUGUCUUGUUACCUGACAGAGAACCUCAAAAGACACAUCGAACUGGUUUUGCGACAUCGUUAGAACAAGGUUUAACAGACGAGCAAUAUCUCCUGAAUGCAAAUGAAAGUGGUACUGGACAUCAUAAAAGAAGUGCGGCCUUAAAGGCUAGAAUGAAUAUUGCUGCAGAGGCUGCCAACACAGGUGAUGAUUUUAUAGACAACAGUAGCGCAAAUACGCAAGGCUAUAUAUCCUUUAGUCAUGGAAACAGAGGCAGCAAUGCGGCUGUUCAAUUGAAUAGGAUGUAUCAUCAUCAACAAAUACGCUGAAGUAUUCAAAUACGAGUAACUUGUAUUCCCUAAAAUAAACUUUUAAAGAAACAAUCAUCACCAAAUAGAGUAAAAUGACAAGAAUUCCUAAUUACACAAAGCUCGUCUUAUUUUUUUAUCAUAUCUUUCUUUUGCUUCUUUUAUUUUCUUUCCAACGAAUUGCUUUAAAACUGUAGCGCUUGGAUAAGCCAGUUCAAUCAGAUAAACCCACACACCCAACUUUCUUAACCUCCUCUUUAGUUGAAAUCAGCAAACUGGAAUCGUCAAACUUGACUC